CGCCGCCCGAACCGCGCUGUUACUAGUGAUAUCGUGUGGAGUGCGUGGUGUAGUCAGCAAGCAUGUGUGAUGAUGAUGCGGGCGCGCUUGUCGUGGACAAUGGGUCCGGCAUGUGCAAGGCGGGGUUCGCGGGAGACGACGCCCCGCGCGCCGUGUUCCCGUCCAUCGUGGGCCGUCCGCGACACCAGGGGGUCAUGGUGGGCAUGGGUCAGAAAGACUCUUACGUAGGAGAUGAAGCUCAAAGCAAGAGAGGUAUCCUCACGCUGAAAUACCCUAUCGAGCACGGCAUCAUCACCAACUGGGAUGACAUGGAAAAGAUCUGGCAUCACACUUUCUACAACGAAUUGCGUGUCGCACCUGAGGAACACCCCAUUCUGCUGACCGAAGCACCUCUCAACCCUAAGGCCAACCGUGAGAAGAUGACGCAGAUUAUGUUCGAGACGUUUAACUGUCCCGCAAUGUAUGUGGCGAUCCAGGCCGUGUUGUCUCUAUACGCAUCCGGUCGUACCACCGGCAUCGUGCUGGACUCCGGCGACGGCGUCUCCCACACGGUCCCCAUCUACGAAGGUUACGCUCUGCCGCAUGCCAUCCUCCGGUUGGACUUGGCCGGGCGCGACCUUACGGACUACCUCAUGAAAAUCCUCACCGAGCGCGGCUACUCGUUCACGACGACAGCCGAGCGCGAGAUCGUGCGGGACAUCAAAGAGAAGCUCUGCUAUGUGGCGCUCGACUUCGAGCAGGAAAUGCAAACAGCGGCCGCUUCCACGUCACUCGAGAAGUCCUACGAGCUGCCGGACGGGCAGGUCAUCACGAUCGGUAAUGAGAGGUUCCGCUGCCCUGAAGCCCUGUUCCAACCGUCGUUCCUGGGUAUGGAGUCGUGCGGUAUCCACGAAACGGUGUACAACUCUAUUAUGAAGUGCGACGUAGACAUCCGUAAAGACCUGUACGCUAACACCGUGUUAUCCGGCGGUACCACCAUGUACCCCGGUAUCGCUGACAGAAUGCAAAAAGAAAUCACGGCAUUGGCGCCAUCUACGAUCAAAAUCAAGAUCAUCGCGCCGCCCGAGCGUAAGUACUCGGUAUGGAUCGGCGGCUCCAUCUUGGCGUCUCUGUCCACCUUCCAGCAGAUGUGGAUCUCCAAGCAGGAGUACGACGAGUCGGGCCCCGGCAUCGUGCACCGCAAGUGCUUCUAGAUGGGCACCUCUAGCUCAGCGUUCUCUAUGCCAUUUUUUUUUACAAUCAUUUAUGAAACUGUAUUUAUUUUAUAUUUCGGUCGGAGACUGCACGCUCUUGCGUUACAUGUAA